AUGGCUAGUUCACAUAAAGAUACAAUUGAACAACUUAUACAAGCAAUCAAUGCUCGUCAUGUUAAUCAUUUGGAUAAAGCUCUUGAACAAAAUGCUGUAAAAAUUGUUGGUUCAAAAACUGUUUAUACAAAUAUUCAAGAAGCUCGAGAAUAUUAUACAAUGGAACAUGAAGCUAAUCCAUCAGCUGAAUGGAAACUUGUUGAUUAUCAACAAGAUAAUCAUGAUAAUCAUAAAGGACAAGGAACAGUUGCUCAUAAUAAUCAUACAUAUGAUACAAAAUAUACAUUUAGUUCAUCAGGAAAAAUACAAAAAAUUGAAGCACAUCUUCAACAACAAGACUAA